AUGUUAACUUCUGAAAUUAACAUGUUGAAGGCUAAGGUGCUGGAUCUUGCCGAAAAAUAUCAAAAUGUGGAAUUCACAGAGUUUCAUUAUAGUAGAAAAGACAUAUUAGAUAUUUUGAUUUCUGAUUUCUCGUCAACAUUUCUACUGAUUCAACUUCCUGUUGAACUUCUCCCUCACCUUCCUGUUGAACUUUGCCACCGUCCACAAACCCUAGCCAACACCACGACCAACCACCGCUCCACUACCAAUUGUCGUCGACGUAGUCAUCAACGUUCUUCUCCACUCACAAUGUCGAAGGUUGUAGUGUAUACGUGA